AUGGUGCUCGAACUUCUAGGCUUCAGGUCGGCUGCAGCUUUGCCCGGGCACCUGCAUGCGGCACUAUUGCAACUGCUCCUUAUGGGGUCUGGUGGCCCCUUCUGCAGGCGACCGCUAGACCCACUUGCAACUCCUGGAACAGCAGGCCAUCCUCUCCCGCUUAGGAGCGAGGGAUGUGUUAUUCAUUGCCUCUUUGCCGAUUGGCUCACGAAGACUAGCAAGUGGCUCAAAGUGCCUCGUUAUCGCUACGUUAUGCUUCUUUCAGUUGAGCCUAAGCCUGAAAUGGAGGAUGGGCAACAACUGGUAACCAGUAACAACAGCAACAGCCAACCAGAAAGAGUGGUUGAAGAAACUCCUCAAGGACGCAUGGUAGAAACUGAAGUCUCUGUGUUGAGGCGAAAGCACGUACAGAAGCCUCCCCCUCAUUUGCUCCUUGUCACAUUUAAGGCUCCUGAGGAGCUCCUUGCCUGCGAUGGUCAUGAGUCUGUUGACUCCUACAUCAUGCAAAGGGCUGAGCCGUCAGAGGUCUUCUCUAUUGACAGUACCCACAGAGCUCUCUGCCACCGCGUCCCGUCUGGAAAGGACACUCAGCUUGUAUUGGUGAGCCUGAUUAUCACACUUUUCAACGUCACGUACUCUCGCCAUAUCCCAGAGCCACGAGAGCCAAAUCCUAACGGCUUAUAUAUUCAUGGUCUCUCAACUUCUUUCCUCAGAUUGUCGAAGGUUUGGGUGGCCGGCUCCUUGUACUGGGGGAGAUUUCUCGCUCUGCAGCAUCUCCAUCUGCUACAGGAGUUCAGGCUAGUCGAUCGUCUCCACUGGAGCAGCUUGCAUAUCUGA